AUUUAGUAAUUUUCAUCAGUUUGGUCCUUAUGUAUUGUAGUCUGAAACCCAUAUUCGAGACGCAGGAAUCAAAAUUUGACCCAAAGUUGAAAGCUGGCGGAAACCAUGAUUUCAAAACCAAAUAAUGUAUUUCCUUAUUUUAAUAUUGUAAAUUACUUUCUGCCUAAGCAAUGAUCUUGUCAAGAUUUUGUAUAAAUAAUCCAAAAAUGCAUUUAUAGAGGAAAAACCCCACAAUUUAGAGAAUACGAUUCGUACAGCUUCACCAUAUCUUUUUUGGGAUCGAUUUUGGAACACAGAGGCUUCAAUGGAAAGUUCUGGUGCAGAGAAGAAGAGGGUGGUAAUCGUAGGAGGCGGUGUGGCUGGUUCUUUUCUAGCUCACUCUAUUCAGUUUUUUGCCCAUGUUGUCCUCAUCGAUCAGAAGGAGUAUUUCGAGAUUACAUGGGGGAUGUUGAGGGCAAUGGUGGAGCCACCAUUUGCUGAAAGAAUAGUGAUUAAUCACUCUGAUUAUCUUAGCAAUGUGGACAUUGUUGCAUCUGCUGCAGCUAAUGUCACAGAUAGGAAAGUUUUCACUGCAGAUGGAAGAUCAUUUGCAUACGAUUAUCUUGUUAUUGCCACCGGUCACAAGGAUUCUUUUCCUGAGACUAGAGCUGAGAGGCUUAAUCAUUUUGAAGCAGAAUUUGAAAAGAUCAAGUCCGCCAGUUCGAUUUUGAUUGUGGGUGGAGGUCCCACUGGUGUGGAGCUUGCUGGUGAAAUUGCUUCUGAUUUUCCAGAAAAGAAGGUGACACUGGUGCACCGUGGGUCAAGAUUGCUAGAAUUUGUUAGUUCUAAGGCUUCCAAGAAGGCAUUUGAUUGGUUGAUAUCAAAAAGAGUUGAAGUGCUUUUAGAACAAUCAGUUAAUCUGGAUGGUAUAACUGAUGGUGUUUACCAAACGUCCAAGGGAGAAACUAUAAAAGCGGAUUGCCAUUUCUUGUGUACGGGUAAACCAGUGGGGUCAUCUUGGCUUACUGAGACUGUUCUGAAAGAUAGUUUGGAUACACAUGGAAGAUUGAUGGUUGAUGAGAACCUGAGGGUCAAGGGUCAUAAAAAUGUCUUCGGUAUUGGAGACAUCACAGAUAUCAAGGAGAUGAAACAAGGUUAUAUAGCAGAGAAACACGCAGAGGUGACUGCCAAGAAUUUGAAGGUGUUGUUAAAUGGAGGAAAUGAGAGCAAGAUGGUAAAAUACAAGGGCUCAUUCCAAGCUGCACUUGUUUCACUUGGGAGGAAAGAAGGUGUGGCUGAAUUACCAUUUGUUACUAUCAGUGGAUGCAUUCCUGGAAAGAUCAAGUCUGGAGACCUGUUUGUGGGAAAGACAAGGAAACAGCUUGGACUGAAUCCAUAAUCCUUAGCAUUCUUGAAGAUGAAACUGCAUUGUGAAUGUAAUUACUUUUUAUUUCUCCUUGAAUUCUUUUAUUUCUAUUUGUAGCCAAUGUCAAAAAAACUACUGUAGAGGAUUUGGUCUCCUUUUCAUUUUCAGAGGCAAUUUGGCUUGUAAUUUAUUUUACUGUUGUACAGGGGUUGCUUGGUUUGAAUGGAAUGGAGUUAAUCUAAACUUAUAAAUAAA